AGAACACCGCAGUAAAAACCCUAAAACCCUUCAGUUCAGUUCUUUGCUCCAUUUCGUUCUCACUUCGUUUGCUCUCCAGUUUCACUCUAUCAGUGCCGGUGAGAGAACAUGUUCGCUCUUUCCAAGGUUUUACGGAGAAGUCAAAGUCUCCGACUUGGAGCUUACAAUGCUGUGUACUCUAAGCUAGAUGUACCAUUGGGAGAAAAGAACGUUGCUUUUGAAUCAAACGCUUUGAUACAUGAUAAAUGCAAAGCUUCCCCUAGAUUUUACGAGCUCUCUUGGAAUUCUUCUAUGGGAAGACGUUCACUUUCUUCAGACGCUGGCGCUAAAACUGCUGGAGAGGAAGAUGAGCUUACAACUCCUAACCAGACUAGUGGUGAUACUGAAGAUGAGGGGGAUUUUUCUGGUGAUGAAGGUGACAUUGAAGGAUCAGAACUGGAACUACUCGUCCCUGACUCCGAGGCUGGUAAAAUAGUGGUAGGCAAGAGAUCAUCCGAACUGUUUAAGGCCAUUGUUUCUGUCUCAGGAGUGGAUGUAGGGAGUGCACUUGAUAAAUGGGUUAAAGAAGGAAAGGAGAUCAACCGCACUGAGUUUGCAAAUGCGAUGUUACAAAUCCGUAAACGUCGCAUGUAUGGGAGAGCCUUGCAGAUGACAGAAUGGUUGGACGAAAAUAAGCAGUUUGAAAUGGAGGAGAGAGAUUAUGCUUCUCGGCUUGAUUUGAUUUCCAAGGUACGUGGCCUGUACAAGGGAGAAGUUUAUAUCAAAAGAAUCCCGGAAUCUUUUAGAGGGGAAUUGGUCUACCGUACCCUCCUGUCAAAUUAUGCGGCGACAAGCAAUGUGGGGAAAGCAGAAGAAGUUUUCAACAAAAUGAAGGACUUGGGAUUCCCUCUGUCAACAUUUGCUUGUGAUCAGAUGCUUAUUCUUUACAAGAGGGUCAACAAGAAGAAAAUAGCCGAUGUGAUAUUGCUAAUGGAGAAGGAAAAUGUGAAGCCGAGUCUUAACACAUACAAAAUCCUGAUUGAUACCAAAGGAUCAUCAAAUGACAUAACUGGUAUGGAACAAAUUGUGGAGACAAUGAAAAGUGAAGGUGUUGAGCUUGACCUUCGUGCACAAUCUAUCAUUGCAAGAAACUAUGCAUCAGCUGGGCUUAAAGAGAAGGCUGAGAAAAUGCUGAAAGAGAUGGAAGGUGAAAGCUUGGAGGAAAAUAGGCAUGUGUGCAAGGAUUUGCUUUCCAUCUAUGGCUUUCUCCAGAGGGCGGAUGAGGUGAACAGAAUUUGGAAGAUCUGUGAAGAAAAACCUCGUUACGACGAGUCCCUUGCUGCGAUUUUGGCUUUUGGAAAGAUCGAUAAAGUCAAAGAAGCUGAGGCGGUUUUUGAGAAGAUUUUGAAGAUGGGCCAUAGAGUUUCUUCUAAUGUUUACUCCGUCCUCUUGAAGGUUUACGUUGAUCACAAGAUGGUCUCAAAGGGUAAGGAUCUUGUUAAGCAGAUGUCAGACAGUGGGUGCAAUAUUGGGGCCUUAACAUGGGAUGCAGUGAUUAAGCUCUAUGUGGAAGCUGGGGAAGUAGAAAAGGCUGAGUCUUCACUAAGCAAGGCAACACAGUCGAAAAAGAUAAAACCGUUGAUGAGCUCCUUCAUGCACGUGAUGGACGAGUAUGUGAGAAGGGGUGAUGUUCACAACACAGAAAAAAUCUUCCAGACGAUGAAGCAAGUUGGCUAUCAAUCUCGCUUCAGGACGUACCAAGCCCUUAUUCAGGCUUAUGUCAAUGCCAAAGCUCCAGCUUACGGAAUAUAUGAUAGAAUGAAAGCUGAUAACAUUUACCCCAACAAAGGUUUAAUUGCUCUGCUCGCUAAAGCCGAUCCCUUCAAGAAGACUCCUCUCUCUGAUCUCCUAGAUUGAGUUGCGCUGCAGCUAAAACACCAUCCGCCUUGUGAAUCUUUGGUUUGAUUGAUUAGCCUUAUAUCUAUGUUGGUGGAAACUUCAGUAGCUUAAUCUAAAUGAAACCUCCUGAGCCCUAAUAUAUAAACAGAUUGCUUCUAUGCCGGUUGGUAUGGUUUUUAUUUAGUCCAGUUAUUGCCAUUUAACAUAA